AUGGCUGUGGCGGCCUUGUUCGCUACUGCGAACGCUCACAUGAUCAUGGAGUCUCCUGUUCCAUUUAGCAAAGACAAGCUCGACAAUUCGCCGAUUCAGGCUGCGCAGUUCCCCUGCAAGCACGACAUUGGCUACUCGAUCUCGACCAUGAACAAAAUGGCUGUUGGACAGAAGCAAGAACUUAGCUUCAAGGGCAGCGCUGUUCACGGCGGCGGAUCAUGCCAGCUCAGUGUUACCACGGACACUGCACCCACCAAGGACUCCAUCUUCAAGGUUAUCAAGUCUAUUGAGGGUGGCUGCCCUGGUGUUGAUGGGGGACCUCUGAAGUUCGAUUUUGAGCUUCCAGACAGCAUCCCCAACGGCAACGCUACAUUCGCCUGGACUUGGUUCGCCAAGUUGAGCGGCGGUCCAGAGAUGUACAUGAACUGUGCUCCCAUCGAAGUUUCCGGCGGUGCCAGUGACAAGUCCAAGUUCGACGCCCUUCCCGACAUGUUGGUUGCCAACAUUGCUAGCACUUCCUGCAAGCAAGUAUCCAGCACGGUUUUGAAGAUUCCAAACCCUGGAUCAGUGCUUCAGAUGGGCUCAGGAGAUUCGGCAAGCGUCGUUGCUCCUACUGGCGACUGUGGAUCUACUGGAACUACUCCUUCUGAUCCCUCUGGGCCCUCUGACCCCUCUGGUUCCGCUCCAAGUGGCGGCUCUCCCUCUGCUCCCUCCGCUGGUCAACCUCCUGCCGCUCCUUCACCGCCAGCUGAUGGUGCUCCCUCCGCUACCGUCAGCUCUCCUGCCGCCGGUCAGUCUCCAGCUGCUCCUACCAAGCCAGCUGGCGGCAAGCCAUCACCUCCUCCCUCCAACCCAGGCGGUGGUGUCUUUGCCCCUGGCGCCUCCAGCGGUCCCGCUCUGCCAACAUCCACCACGCUCGUCACCGUCACCGCCACACCCACCGCGCCAACUGGAGCUGGCCCCACUGCCCCCGCAGGAGUUUCACCACCAUCUCCCAUCGGUACCGGCACUCCUUCUACUCCCUCCACACCUUCCAGCCCCUCAGUCGGCGGCGGUUCAGGCACUUGCACCACCAACGGCGCAAUCGUGUGCAACGGUGCCACCCAAUUCGGUCUCUGCAACAACGGCAAUGUGGUCUGGCAAGCUGUUGCCGCUGGCACUACUUGCGUCAACGGCAACAUCACCAAGCGCGCUUACUACGGCCGCGUGGCUCGUCCCCGCCGCUCUAGCCGCCGCGUUGUUCCCAACUAA